GGGCGAUCAUGCUGCUGUAACGGGGGGAAAAAAAGCGGGCUUUGGUGGGAAGAGGGGCGGUGUGCCGCACGAAGCAAGCCUCAGAUCUACACAAGGGGUGGUAUUAUAACAGCUGACCCAGAUGGAGACCUUAUUUGUUUACUUGAUGGUCAUGAUCAUGGCAGUAAAAGCCCAGAAGAUCCAAAUUUGUCCCAAACGUUGCAUUUGUCAAGUACUGCCUCCCAACUUAGCCACCUUAUGUGACAAAAAGGGGCUGCUUUUUGUUCCCCCAGACAUUGACAGACACACAGUAGAACUGCGACUUGGGGACAAUUUUAUCACAACUGUCAAACGGAGGGACUUUGCCAACAUGACCAAGCUUGUAGACUUGACACUCUCUAGGAACACAAUAGGCUCUAUCACUCCCCAUGCUUUCAAUGAUCUGGAGAACCUGCGUGCCCUACACUUGGACAGCAACCGUCUGACACGAAUCACAAAUGACACCUUUAGCGGCAUGUCCAAACUUCAUCAUCUUAUUCUCAACAACAACCAGCUUACGUAUAUUCACAUAGGAGCCUUUAACGACCUCCUUGCCCUUGAAGAGCUUGAUCUCUCCUACAACAAUCUAGAGAGUGCCCCAUGGGUGGCCAUCCAGCACAUGACUAGCCUUCAUACAUUAGGUCUGGACCACAAUAUGAUAGAGUAUAUACCUGAGGGCACAUUUUCAGGCCUCAUGAAACUUAAACGUCUGGAUGUUACUUCCAACAAGCUGCAGAAGCUCCCACCGGAUCCAGUCUUCCAGCGUGCAGGUGUUUUGGCCACGUCAGGUGUUUUGGGCCCAUCAUUAUUUGCAUUAAGUUUUGGGGGUAACCCGUUACGCUGCAACUGUGAGUUGCUGUGGUUGAGGAGACUACGGCGUGAAGAUGACCUGGAGACUUGCGCUGCUCCGCAGCACCUCUCGGGGCGCUACUUUUGGACAGUGUCAGAAGAAGAGUUCCUGUGUGAGCCUCCUCUCAUCACACGUCAUUCUCAGGAGACUCGGGCACUAGAAGGCCAACAUGUUACUCUGCGCUGUAAAGCACGGGGAGAUCCAGAUCCUGUUAUUCACUGGAUUGCCCCUGAUGGCAGACUAGUAUCUAACUCAUCCCGAACAUUGGUGCACACCGACGGGACGCUAGAUAUCCUCAUCAGCACAGUGAAGGACUCUGGAUCGUUUACAUGUGUGGCAUCCAACCCUUCUGGAGAAGCACAGCAGACUGUUCAACUAUUUAUCAUCAAACUGCCACAUUUCACUAACGACACAAGUUUAGUACAGGAACCAGAUCCUGGCUCCUCAGAUAUUGCUACGUCCACCAAAUCAGGUGGAGAUGGUGCCACCGCCAUUGGCAACACAAAAGCUGGGCAGGAAAAACGGGUGGUGAUUUCUGAAAUUACAUCCUCCUCUGCUCUGGUGAAAUUCAACUUACAACGGAAUAUUCCAGGGAUUCGGAUGUUCCAGAUCCAAUACAAUGGCACAUAUGAUGACUCGCUAGUAUACAGAAUGAUCCCCCCAACCAGUAAAAGCAUCCUGGUGAACAACUUGGCAGCUGGGACAUCGUAUGACCUCUGUGUGCUGGCAAUUUAUGAUGACGCGAUGACCACUCUCACAGCUACCCGUGUAGUGGGAUGUGUUCACUUUUCAACAGAGCCUCAGUACCUCCGGUGCCACUUCAUGCAAUCGCAGUUCCUUGGCGGUACCAUUGUUGUGAUCAUUGGAGGUAUCAUCGUAGCCUCAGUCUUGUCUUUUAUCAUCUUCCUUAUUGUGCGUUAUCGAGUGUGCAACCAGGAAGGAGAGGACAAGGGGGUGGAGCUGGGGGAAAUCCGUUCCCCUUCCAGGAGCGAGCAGCUGCAGGUCUGUGGAAUCAUUAAGUCUAUGUCCAAGCAGGUUCUGGGCGUGGAGAUGGAUGCGUGUCGGAAGGUUUCUCCACAAGUGGAGUCAGUGCCCACCGUAGGAACUACAUCUGGGCCGUGGACCUCGAAACCAGCCCUUCCUGACUGCACUGUUACUACCUCUGCCGCCAGUCACAGCUGGCAUCCUGCCUCUCCCAACUCCCAGCGUCCCAUGCAUGCCGCCUCACACAAGCCCGCAGGACCCCCAAAACCAGACACACAGAUCAGUGUCGAGCUCGACAACACCAACAAAAACAACUCAGCCAAGGCACGCCCCAAAUCUGCCCAAAUACGGGCCUAUUCCACCACAGUGAUGCCAGUAUCCAGAAGGGUGCAGCUCGAGUCCUCACGCUACAUGACUGUACCAGUAGGGUGUAUAAGAGUGAGUCGGAGACACUCGUUAAAUGUAGACUCCUGUAAGCAGACCAGUUACGGGAGUCUCCCACAGCAGACUGGCAGCCUUCGCUCCAAACGCAGUUUGUCCAUGAGCGGUGGAGAUCUUCCCCAGCUGGAAGUUUCGGCCAAAAUUCAUGGGAAAGACUCACUGUCCAGGUCGGAAUGGGUUCUAGAAAGCACACUAUAAUUCGUUUUUUUUUUUGUUUUUUUACAACCAUAUCACACCAGUUUUGGUAGACUUACAGACCGUUUUAUUAUUAUAGGUCAGACAAAAAAACUCUAAUCUUUUAAAACUAUUUGGUUUCUGUUUUGGACAUGGCACUCUUACAGUACGUAGUCGGGAAAAAAGCAACAGACUGAUCAUUGUUUUUUUUUAAGGACCAAAAAAAACCAAACAUUUUCUGCAUAUACUAAAUAAUGCAGUUGACAUGUAUAUUACUUUGUUAUAUGGAGUAAUCCAUACAGUACAUCCUGUAUAAACAUGUUAUGUUGUGUAAAAUAAAAUGUGAAAAGCCCCAUUGUUUUUUCUCUGAUACUGUAACAAGGCCGGAAUAACUUAUCUGAGAUGUGAUCACGAGUUAGAAAUAUCACGCAGUACAAUUAGAGAACUGAAAUACACUAUUUAAACUUACUCUGUAAUCAUUAGUGUUCGUGAGUAUGCUCUCUUAUCAGUGUUAUGAGAUUCUUUUAAUGAUUUCUGCCCGAUAACUGUCCUAAAGCAAUAAAAGCACACACAGUGCAUGAGAUGACAACUUAAAUCCAUGAACAGUGAUACAGAAAUGUACUGUACACUCUCCAGAAAGCAUCAUCU